AUGAUGUUACUGCAUUUGAUGGAUUGUUGUGCAUGUACCGGGUUCGUUAUCGCGGGGCGUGCUGGCGGGCAGCGGGCUGCGGGUGGCGGGGGGCGGGCGGCAGCACGGAGGGCGCAUCCGCGUCGGGCUAACGGCUCGUCCUCGCGCGUCGCGGUGCGCGCGCUGACGUCAGCGCUCGAUAAUGGCCGCCGCCCGACCCCCGCCGCCGCGCUACCCGUGGCCACAGCUCAGUCUCUCUCCGACCCGCUAGACGAGCGAGGGAGCGACGACCGAUCUCUCGCACACCGCACUACAUUCGGCGGCGAGAUGUCGGUAAUGCAAAAGCGCCAGCACUGCUACUUGUGCGACUUGCCCCGCAUGCCGUGGGCGAUGUUGCACGAGUUCUCAGAAGCAGUAUGCCGCGGAUGUGUUAAUUACGAGGGUGCAGAUCGAAUUGAAGUUGUUUUGGAAACAGCGAGACAGUUAAAACGCGCACACGGUUUCCAAGAAGGACGUGGUCCUACUCAUGCCAAAGGAGCUCACAGGGCACCUAUGGAAGCACAUCAAAAUGGAGGGGAAACAAAUGCUCGGGGCCAACCGGCCCCGCCGGCACAUCAUGCUCCAUCCGCUGGAUUUACGCUACACCACACAAGACCCGCGACAAACGCAGGACUUUUGGCAGAGUACGGUGGUCGUAGAGAAGAACACGAAGGCAGACGCUUGGCACAUUUACCAUUAGCUCAUCUUCCAACACAUGGAGGUGCCCGUCUCGCUCCUGGCCUGACGCUCAAACGACCUCUGGAUGAUGAUGACCAUCAAUCUCAUCAUGAACCCACUAAGAGACUUUUAGAGGAGCAUAGUCGACCACCCCUAACCCGAGGUGAAUCUUUACCUGCGGUAUCCUUGGCCGCUCCUUUCGCUCCAGAUCGAGUCUUCAAACAAGAAAAACACCCUCUGAGAACACCAUCUUUCGAUGCGUCUUCUUUCAAAUCUAAUGGAUACACAAACAGCGCACCGCUUACAAAUGGAUCAGCAGGAUCUCCCUUGGGUAGAACUGCAGGUUCCCCACCAGUCACUGGUGCUGGCGCUGGACCAUCCCCUAUGGCCGCGUUAAUGUCUGUGACGGAUACUCUGCCCCCUGGAUCACCACGAUCAGCUGGAGGCUCGCCUCCUCAGCCACCACCACAGCGAUCUGCAAGUCGCUCCAGCCAACACUCCCCCAAUUCAUCAGGGUCAAACGGCGGGCGGCGGUCGUCGGGUUCGCGGCACGUGUCGUCAACGACUUCAGUGUCAUCAACUGAAGCUGGAGAAGGAGCCGAGGCCGCAGCGCCAGCGCCCGCACCUCUCCUAAAGUGCACUCUCUGCCAGGAGCGCCUCGAGGACACUCACUUCGUACAGUGCCCAAGCCAACCGCAUCACAAAUUCUGCUUUCCCUGUUCCCGGGACUCCAUCAAAAGACAGCAAGGAUCUGAGGUAUACUGUCCAAGCGGUGAGAAAUGUCCGUUGGCUAAUUCGACGGUACCCUGGGCUUUCAUGCAGGGCGAGAUCGCAACGAUCUUGGGAGAAGAGUUCAAGCCGAAGAAGGAGCGGGAGACC